AUGGCCGGGGCCGGGGGCGUCGCUCCCACGGCCCUCAGCCCCCCGCGCCCCCACGGGAACGGCUCUGCAGCCUGGGGGUCCCACGCGCCCACCCUGGCGCCCGGGGCCGCCAACUCGAGUGGGCUGCCGGGGGCGCCGCGCGCCUUGGCACUGGCGGGGGCGCUGCUGGCGCUGGUCACCGUGGGCGGCAACCUGCUGGUCAUCGUGGCCAUCGCGCGGACGCCGCGACUGCAGACCAUCACCAACGUGUUCGUGACUUCGCUGGCGGCGGCCGACCUGGUGGUGGGGCUCCUGGUGGUGCCGCCGGGGGCCAGCCUGGCGCUGACCGGCCACUGGCCCCUGGGCGCCACGAGCUGCGAGCUGUGGACAUCGGUGGACGUGCUGUGCGUGACGGCCAGCAUCGAGACGCUGUGCGCCCUGGCCGUGGACCGCUACCUGGCGGUCACCAGCCCGCUGCGCUACGGCGUCCUGGUCACCAAACGGCGCGCGCGCGCGGCCGUGGCACUGGUGUGGGCGGUGUCGGCUGCCGUGUCCUUCGCGCCCAUCAUGAGCCAGUGGUGGCGCGUGGGCACGGACGCCGAGGCGCAGCGCUGCCACUCGGACCCGCGCUGCUGCGCCUUCGCCUCCAACGUGCCCUACGCGCUGCUGUCCUCCUCCGUGUCCUUCUACCUGCCGCUGCUCGUGAUGCUCUUCGUCUACGCGCGCGUCUUCGCCGUGGCCCGGCGCCAGCGGCGCCAGCUGCGCGGGGAGCUGGGUCGCUUUCCCGAGGGGCCCCCCGCGCCCCCCGUGCCGCUGCGGGAGCACCGCGCCCUGCGCACGCUGGGCCUCAUCAUGGGCACCUUCACGCUCUGCUGGCUGCCCUUCUUCGUGGCCAACGUGGUGCGCGCCCUCGGGGGCCCCGCGCUCGUGCCCGGCUCGGUGUUCCUCGCCCUGAACUGGCUGGGCUACGCCAACUCGGCCUUCAACCCGCUCAUCUACUGCCGCAGCCGCGACUUCCGCAGCGCUUUCCGCCGCCUGCUGUGCCGCGGCGGGCGCCCCGACGCCCCCUCGGGCCGCCCCCUGCCCGCCGCGGCGGGGCCGCGCCCGGCCUCCGCGGACCGGUAG